AUGGUUGUCCUGAAUCCAGUGACCCUGGGAAUUUAUCUUCAGCUUUUCUUCCGCUUCAUCGUGUCUCAGCCCACUUUCCUCACCAGCGUGCUUCCAAUUUCAGCAGCCCUUCCCGGCCUGGAUCAGAAGAAGCGUGGCGGCCACAGAGCAUGCUGCCUGCUGACCCCCCCGCCACCCCCUCUGUUCCCACCACCGUUCUUUAGAGGGGGCCGAAGUCCGCUUCUCUCCCCAGACAUGAAGAAUCUCGUCCUGGAACUGGAGACCACACGGCCCCCAUGCGUGCAAGGGUCGCUCAGCUCCCCCAGGCCUCCAGGGCCCCAGGGCCCGCCUGGGCUUCCCGGCAAGACAGGACCAAAGGGAGAAAAGGGGGAGCUUGGCCGACCGGGAAGGAAGGGCAGACCCGGCCCCCCAGGUGUUCCUGGCAUGCCUGGGCCUGUUGGCUGGCCCGGCCCUGAAGGCCCCAGGGGUGAAAAAGGUGACCUGGGGAUGAUGGGCUUGCCAGGGUCAAGAGGACCAAUGGGCUCCAAGGGCUACCCUGGAUCCAGAGGGGAAAAGGGAUCCAGAGGUGAAAGGGGUGACUUGGGUCCCAAAGGAGAAAAGGGUUUCCCAGGACUUCCUGGAAUGUUGGGGCAGAAAGGUGAAAUGGGACCAAAGGGCGAGCCCGGGAUAGCAGGCCACCGGGGGCCCACAGGAAGACCGGGAAAACGAGGCAAGCAGGGGCAGAAGGGAGAUAGUGGAGUUAUGGGCCCACCAGGCAAACCUGGGCCUUCUGGUCAACCUGGCCGUCCAGGCGCCCCAGGCCCCCCGGGUCCCUCAUCUGCAGGACACCUUGUAAUGGGACCCAAAGGGGAAAGAGGAUUUCCCGGGCCUCCAGGAAGAUGUCUUUGUGGCCCUCCCAUGAAUGUGAAUAACCCUUCCUAUGGGGAGUCUGCAUAUGGGCCCAGUUCCCCACGAGUUCCUGUGAUAUUUGUGGUCAACAACCAGGAGGAGCUUGAGAGAUUGAACACCCAAAAUGCCAUUGCCUUCCGCAGAGACCAGAGGUCUCUGUACUUCAAGGACAGCCUUGGCUGGCUCCCCAUCCAGCUGACGCCUUUCUACCCUGUGGACUACCCCGUAGACCACCGCGGCUCCUGCGGGGACGGGGUCCUGCAGCCGGGGGAGGAGUGUGAUGACGGGAACGGCGAUGUGGGUGACGACUGCAUCCGCUGUCGCCGGGCCUACUGUGGAGAUGGUCACCGGCACAGGGGUGUGGAGGACUGUGACGGCUCUGACUUCGGCCACCUGACCUGCGAGACCUAUCUCCCCGGGUCGUACGGAGACCUGCGGUGCACCCCGUACUGCUACAUCGACUCCACGCCCUGUCGCUACUUCACCUGA